AUGGCCGCUACCUUCUGUUGGUUCGCCUUGGUCUCCGUUCUCGUAACUGCUGUCCAAGCCGACGUUUGGGUCAAACUUACUGUCGUUAAGGUUCGUCGGCAGAGACUUUAUGUAGUUCAUUCACCGCUGUCUUGGACUACCAAGCUAUGAUUUCAGAGAACUUUAUAUUUUCGUGUCAAGACCAGCUUGUUGUUGAUCAACAGAUCUUUUAGUCAAGAGGUCUAUGAAAUAAUUAUACUCCAUUACUAGAGAGACGGCAAAAUCUCUUGUUUCUUCACAAUUUUCCCUAGAUUUUGAUUAUUUUUCAAGCAAUUGGUGAAUGAACUAUCAUGAGAUUUUGGUCUUAUUUUCGUUAAAAAAUAGCAUGAAAUUUCAGUUUGAACGAAAACCCUGCACCCGGGACAUGCAAAUGCCCGAAUGCGUCGCUGCCAUGAACCACAUGACGGUUUUUUGUGAAAAUGUUUAAUUUAAUAAAAUUUUGAAAUUUCAGUUAGAGCAACAAAUGCUUCCAUCGCACGCCAGGAGAAUCACUACGCUUGAUAUUGUUAAUGUAAGUUUUGGGGUCCGAAAAAAAAGAUUUUAAAGAGUUUUCUGAUUUUUUGCCAAUUUUUGUAGGAACUGAAAAGAUUUGAAAGAUUGGUAGGUUUUCAAAAAGUCUAUUUGAGAUAAACAUUGAAGUUUUGUUACAAGGAUCAAGAAUCUUGGGAAAAAAAGUUGAAAAAAUUUUAAUUUUUUGAAAAUUUCCACAAAAGGACCGAUGUUUGAAUUUUUAAAACUGAUUUUCGAAAUUUGCUCCGGAAAUGGAGAACUUUCACAGUCCCUCACAAGGGGCGGCAAAAUUCGUUUAAAAAUCCGACAAUGAGUUUCAAAAUGACCUCAAAACGGUUUCAGGGAGAGUCCUCCUCGAUCUGGACUCACUUUGUGGAGGGCCGAAUCGCCGACUGGGCCGUUUCCCUCCAAUUUCUCGGCAUCGACCCGGUUUACGGUAUCCUGCGUACCUGUGACACUUCUGCCUUUGUCCGCGUUUUCCACGAUGCUCCCGUUCGUUUUUUCUCCUUCUCAGGGCGAAAAAUUCCAUUUCACUUAAUAAAUCAUUGAUCUUUCUUUGUGAAAAAACAAAGUCCAUACCAUUUUACGACGAUUUUUGAUUUUUAUUAUUUUCCUGGUGAAAAUGGUUUUCGAGAACGUUUUUCAGAUUUAGAUUAUCUUUUGCUUUAUAUUUAUUUCGAAAAAAAUGAAAUGUUUUCCUUAUAUUCCGGUACAAUUUUUUCAUGUUCAGAAGGCUUCAUCGGAUGGAAACGCAGUGAUUGGAGAGCUGAACGAUGAGGUCGACGGCCAGAAUCAGGAGAAGACGAUCAGAAUCGAAGGACAUUGUUUCGUGGCGACGAUCCAAGUGCAGGCCCAACGGGACAUUUGUCCCUGGUGCGUCGACAACGUCUCCACGGUGGGUUUCCAUGAGAAAGUAUCCGGACCUCGGUAACACGAACCGGAUUCUGAGCAUGUCUAAGGACCACUUCAGCGGCGUCAGUCCUCUUAAAUGAUCCCUUGAACCUCUCCAAUACUCUUUGGAGCACAUUUUAACUGAACAAAACAGCCAGCUAGCCUUUUUUUGCGACAUAAAUGUUUUACUUUUUCUAGAGCACUUAUCGAACCAAAUAUUACAGGCUCUGAAAAUUUAAAAACUUUAUUAGCCCGAAAAGUUUUAAUUUGAACAGUUUGUUUUUUCGCGAUUAAAUCUCUCGAGAGAAAAAGUAGAGUUUUCAGUUAAAGAAAAAAAAAAACAAAAUCCGACUUAUAAUUGAUUUUCUCAAUUUUUGAUGUUCACAGUUAUCAAUUUCGUCAAUUUCUAAUCGAUAUAGCACAAGCAUCGCCUAUUCAUUAUCUUUUUGUUAAUAUGAGCUUCGUCAAAGCCGUAAUCUUAUUUUUCCAACUUCAUUUUUCAACUGUCAUCGAAAUGACUUUUCUUCUCUUGCAGACCCCGUCGGCUGUCGUCUCGACUCUGAACCCAGUCGAAGAGAGGAACGCGAUGUUCAGUUUGAUCACGAUGCUGGUGUUGCUCACGAUCGGCGUCGUUUCUUCGUGUUCCUCCAUCGUUCUGGCUAUCCUGUUGUGCAGGUUGGAUUAUUUACUGGAAUAUCCGAAAAAUGAACAUUUUCACAGAAAACCAACUGUCAUCUCUGUGUACGACUCUCCAUUGGCUGGAUCCAACCUUCGACGUGUUCAGUUAGUUUUUUCAAUGAUUUUUCGACGGAAACAAGUUUCUAACUAUCUUGUUAUAUAUUUCCUUGCCUUGUUUCGACAGCUCAUGUAGAACUUAUUUCUUUGAUAGAUUGAAUUUCAAUUCGAGAAUUCUGUUUCCAACCAAUCAUUUUUCAGACUCAUGUCUGUCACCUCAAAAUCGACACAGAAGUCGUGGCUGACGGCGACGUCGACGUCGAACGAGCUGGACGAGUCUUGGGGCGACAUCGAUUCGCUGAAACUCGAAGCGGCCUGCGAUUCGCCCAUCGCCGACGUCUUCAGCAAGCAGCACGGAACGACCCUCGAAAGCCUCGAAGACGAGGCCGACGCCAACGUCUACCAGGACAUCGCCCCCAACUUCUUGCCUCUCUGCAUGUCUUCGCCUGUUCAUGUUUGA